AUGGAUGUUGUAGCGUUAACCGAAACAAGAAUUCAUGGAAAGGGGAAUUUUGUAGAGAAAUCUACUGGAUAUCAUUUAUUUUGGAGCAGUAGAGAGGAGACCUAUAAGAGAGAAUCAGGAGUGGGAUUUGCUAUCAAAACCAUUCUGGCUUCAAAACUUGAGGAACUACCAUGUGGUCAUUCAGAUUGUUUAAUGUCUUUAAGGCUGCCAUUAAGAAAAGGUCACUAUGCGACAGUUAUAAGUGCAUAUGCUCCAACUAUGAAUUCAUCAGAGGAUGAUAAACUUGCCUUCUAUCUGUCAUUUGCUGAGAUUAUACGCAAUAUCCCCCAUGAUGACAAAGUUGUCAUUUUGGGUGAUUUUAAUGCUUGUGUUGGUGCAGAUUGGGAGACUUGGGGUGUCCUAGGAAAGCAUGGGGUUGGGAGUUCCAACAGUAAUGUUUAUGGACCAGUUUCAUCAAAGGUUGUGCCACUUCAGAGCAAGGAUGGCACAGAAUUAUUAACAAAUCCUAAAGAUAUUGUUGGGAGAUGGAAAGAACAUUCUGAUGAGUUGCUCAAUAGACCCACUGAAGUUGAUCUCUCUUUUCGUGAUAAUAUACCCGAGAGACCAAUAAAACAUCUUAUAGCAGAAGUUCCAAGCCUGGCUGAAAUAAAAGCAGCAAUCAGGAAAUUGAACAAUGGAAAGGCCCCUGGUAUGGAUGGACUAGGUGCAGAGAUAUAUAAAUAUGGUGGUGAUCAUCUUUGUGCAAUGUUGACGGAUGUGAUUCAGAGGGGUUGGCAAAAUGAAGAGGUUCCUCUGGAUUGGCGUGAUGCAACUAUGGAAAUACUAUAUAAAUCUAAAGGUGGAAAGGAUGUCUGGGAUAAUUAUUGUGGCAUCUAUCUGUUAGCUGUUGCUGGAAAGGUCCUCUGUAGAGUAAUGCUGGAUAGAUUUCUUCUGCACAUUGCUGAUGAGGUUCUACCAGAAUCGCAAUGUGGGUUUAGGGAUAGUAGGAGUACUAUGGAUAUGAUAUUUUCAGCUAGACAGUUGCAAGAGAAGUGCAUUGAACAGGAUAUGGACUUAUACCAGGAUUUCAUUGACCUAACAAAAGCAUUUGAUUCUAUCAAUAGAAUUGCACUUUGGGAGAUCCUAAAAAAGCUAGGAUGCCCUGAAAAAUUUGUGAGAAUGCUUAGACAAUUUCAUGACAAGAUGGAAGUGAGAGUUAAUGUUGGAGGUACCUUGUCAGAUCCAAUUUCUGUAUAA